UCACAGUCUCUCGCUUAUUGUGUGAGCGAGUCGGCUCGUCUUAUUUUAUCCAUAUAGUUGUAUAAACUUCAGGUUGAGGGCUUGUUUCCCGUCCUUAAUCCGGCUCGAAGGUCGACAGGGAGGCCACUUGUCGGCCGGUUGGGUAGCAGAGUGUAUUAUUGAGCAGGGUUUCUGGUGUUAUUCCUUUGUAAAUACUGUUAUUUGUAUAUACUGUAAAUCAUGACGUCCAUGGGCGGAAACCGAGCCCGGGGCAGCUGGGAGCAGACACAGGGCCAGACACAGAGCCAGACACAGCACAAGCAGAGGCCUCAGGCUACCGCAGAGCAGAUCCGACUCGCACAGAUGAUCUCAGACCACAAUGAUGCGGACUUUGAAGAGAAGGUCAAACAGCUGAUUGACAUCACGGGCAAGGACCAAGAUGAGUCUAUGAUCGCACUGCACGACUGCAAUGGGGAUGUUAACAGAGCCAUCAACGUGUUGCUGGAGGGUAGCCCAGACACUGACUCCUGGGAAAUGGUUGGAAAGAAGAAAGGGAUGUCGGGUCAGAAGGAGACCAGCCAGGCAGAAACCGGAGAGGAAGGAAAAGAGAACAGAGAGAAAGGAGCAGAAAAAGACGCAGCACGUCGUCGAGGGGGGGCUCCACGCAAGGGCCGCGGAGCCAGCAGGGGACGAGAGUUUCGUGGUCAGGAGAACGGUCUGGAUGGAGGCAAAGCUGGAGGCGCUGGAAGAGGAGCAGACCGAGGCCGAAGGGGAAGAGGCAGAGGAAGGGGAAGCGUUGGAGUAUCUGGACGGCGAGGCGGCAGGUUCUCGGCGCAGGGCAUGGGCCAGAUUGAUAAGGGGCCCAGAUAUGAUUUUGCAGAAGGUGAGAGAACGUUCAACCCUGCGGACUAUGCGGAGCCGGCCCAGACAGAAGAAAACUAUGGAGGGGGCAGUACCUGGAACAACACGGGAAAUAUGGAGAUGGAGGAGGGAGCAAGGUUGGAGUAUUCUGCAGGAGAGGGAACGAAUUAUCCACCCAAGUUCGACUCUGCUCCUGGUGCCUGGAGGUCUGCAGCGGAGGAGUGGGGCACUGAGGAAUAUAAUGAAGAUCUUUCAGAGCCCAAGGUAUUUACAGCUUCCAGCGUGGCGUCGAUGCCUCUUCCUCAAGAGAAUGUGACCAUCACCAAAGGACAGAGGAUUGACAUCGCAGUGCUUCUGGGGAAGACUCCCCCCUCGUCCUCCUCUGAGACAGAAGCUGCCCCCAUGGAGGCCGCCCAGCCCCCCUCACUGUCCCAAUCACUGGUUUUCAGCAACUCCAAGCAAGGGGUGCCACUCUCUCAAACAUCCUCCAGCGCCCCGUACUCCCAGCACAACAUGGUCAGCAUGCUGAGCAAGGGAUUCGGGGAGGUCGGGGACCCUAAAGGAGCGAGCUCAGGCACCACCGGCUCCCAGUUCCUGGAGCAGUAUAAAACAGCCCAGGCUCUGGCUCAGCUGGCAGCUCAGCACUCCCAGACUGGACCCCCCAACACAGCCCCCUCCUCCUGGGACACCAGUGCCGCCUCUCUGGCUCAAUACGACAUGAAGACUCAGACGGAGUCUGCGAUCCACACGCCCUUUACAAAGCGGCAGCCCUACCAGGCCGCCACCUCAACCUCGUCCAUGUUGGAUGUUUUCCUGCAGGACAAAGGCCUGCCUCCUUCCUCUUCUGUCUCCUCGCCCUCUUCCCUAGCGCAACAGACGACAUCCUCGCCCCAUGUGGUGCCUCCGCCUGCUUCCUCCCUCCCCAAAAUGGCAGCAGUUCCCUCGCUUGUUCAGCAGGUUUCACCGAGUUCAUCAGACGCGCAGGGCUCGAGUCCGCUGCCGCUGCAACAACACAAACUCAAACAGCAGAAGAAGAGGACCUCCAUCACGACAAAGAUUCCUGCCAUGGCGGUGGAGAUGCCUGGCUCAACAGACAUCUCAGGCCUUAAUCUCCAGUUUGGAGCGCUGCAGUUUGGGUCGGAGCCCGUCCUGCCGGAGUACGAGUCUACGUCUAGCACCACCACACCAGGCAACCAGGUCCAGAACAGUCUCUACACCAGCCCCAACAGUGAAUCGACUCCAGCUUUGUCCAAUUCCAGCCAGAUGGACAUGUACGAUCAGAGACCGCCUCAGACGCGCCGAUACCCACCUUCAGUUUCCUCCUCCCCGCAAAAAGACAUGCAGCCCAAAAAUGGCUUCAGUUCAAUACAAGCAUCGCAAUCUGUGGAAGCUGCAGCAGGCUCUGCAGUAUCAGUAAAGCCGGCGCCCGACUCCGUCGCGCCUUCGUCCGUCUCCAGCAUGGGCACGUUGACAGACACUGGCUCGGGCCCCGCCUCCUUGUUGACCACGUCCAAUCAGACAUCCUUGAGCGGUCUUGGGCAUAAUAAAGACCUGCCUCCGAGCACCAUCCCCCCUCCCCAGCACAACAACUCUCACCCAUCACAACAGAACAGCCUUGCUCCGUCUUCAGUCAGGACAUCCAACACGAGCUUACUGCACCCCAGCGUAGACGGAGACUCCAGCCUGCACUCUUCAUCCUUCCCCUCCUCGGUCUCGGCCGUUCCGUCGUCGUCGGUCCCCUCCUCCUCUUCCUCCGUGGCGGCCGCUCAGGUGUCCCUCGGGGCUCCCCAGGGGUCCGCGGUGGGCUCCGCCACGGUUUCGGCCCCCUCCGGCCUCGGCCCCGUCAGCAGUCUGGCCAUGGGCCUCAACACUGCCUCCAUGGGGGCUCCAGCCGCUGCAGCCGCCGCCACAGUGUCCGUCUCCACGACGGCCUCGACCAUUCCCUCGUCACAAACCUCGUCGUCACGCGGCUCUGCAGCGUCCUCAGGGAAAGCACCUCCAAACCUGCCACCUGGAGUGCCCCCUCUACUGCCCAACCCUUACAUUGUGGCUCCUGGACUACUGCAUGCGUACCCUCCUCAGGUGUACGGCUACGAUGACCUACAGAUGCUGCAGACGAGAAUACCGCUGGAUUACUACAGCAUUCCCUUUGCUACUCCGACGACGGCACUGACUGGCAGAGAGGGCAGCCUGACAAGCAACCCGUACUCUGGUGACUUGUCCAAGUUCGGCCGAGGGGACGCGUCGUCCCCGGCUCCCGCCACCACGUUGGCGCAAACGCAACAGAAUCAGACGCAGACGCAUCACACGACGCAGCAGCCGUUCCUCAACCCCGCGCUGCCGCCUGGCUACAGCUACACGAGCCUCCCGUACUACACCGGCAUGCCAGGCCUGCCCAAUACCUUCCAGUACGGACCUGCUGUGUUUCCGGUGGCUCCUACCUCGUCAAAACAGCACGGUGUGAAUGUCGGCGUCAACGCGUCGGCCACGGCCUUCCAGCAGGCCAGUGGCUACGGUUCCCAUGGAUACAGCACUGGCUAUGAGGAUGUGGGCCAGGCUUCAGGGAGUGGGGAUUUCUGUAAGGGCGGAUACGGCACUGCCGUGGCCGCCGCAGCUUCUGCACAAAACAAGCCAGCCAGCUCUGUCACCGGGCCUGGAGUCGGAGUCUCUGUGACGUCAAGCAACACAGGAGUACCAGAUAUUUCAGGCCCUGACGUCUCUCGGCCUCGCUGUCUCCUGCAGUCGUUUGAGAAGCAGGGUUUCCACGCCGGGACGCCGGCGGCCUCCUUCAGCCUGCCCUCUGCGCUGGGGAGCGGCGGGCCCAUCAACCCCCCAGCUGCAGCCGGCUACGCUCCGGCCCCCUUCAUGCACAUCCUGGCCCCACACCAACAGCCCCACUCCCAGAUUCUGCACCACCACCUGCAGCAGGACGGACAGAGCGGCACUGGACAGCGCAGCCAGAACGCCUCCAUUCAGCAGAAGUCCCAGAUCAACAAGUCGGCUUACAACAGCUACAACUGGGGUGCAAACUAACCUCCGCCGAGGCCCCUCCCCCCUCCCGCCACAGUGUCAAGGAGCUUGUAGGACGAGGGGGGUGGGAUGGGGGCUCACCUGUAGCUCUGCAUACGGUCUCCACAUGUAAACUCCCUCUUCCUCCUGCUGAGAUUCCCUCCCCAGUCUCCCGGCCCGGCGCUCAGAGGAGCUGCCGCGCCGGGAGAGCGAGCGCCGGUAUCAUGCAUGGACGGGCGGGAGGGACGAGGAGGGCUUCGCCGCGAGGGGAGGUCAGAGUUCAAAGGGUUCUAGAAUAACACCGUCAACAGGUGAAUUACUGAGUGUUGGGAAAUAUGUAUCGUGUUAACCCCGCCCCCUCCCCCUCCCGAGCCACCCACUCCCCAUUUUCUUUCACUUGUAUGUAACAUAGAACUGUUUUCUAAAAGAAUGAACAUUUCCUGUAUGGUCUUCUUUCUUUUUGUCUCUUCCUCUCUCUCUCUUUUAUUUUUUAUUUUUUUCUUCUUGCUUAAGGGGAGGAUUGAAGUGAUACCUGAAGGUGGGGGGACAGGCUGGUUUUGUAUUUCUCACCCUCGACUCCCCCUCCUCAACAAUUUUGGUGGAAAUUGUCCAGUCCCACACGAAAAUAUCCAAACACAAUUUGCUCUUUAAUGUCUUUCUUUUUCAUGUUGUUUUAAUUUUUGAAGAAAAAAACAAUUCUCUAAAUUGGUAGAGUUGUGAAGUUUAUUUUUUACCAAAUAUAGAUAUAUUAUAUAUAAAGACAUAUAAAAGAGCUCACUGGCUUGGACUGUGAGGAAAGUGUGUUUGUCAUGUGACUGCGUGCAUGUUUGUACACACGGAGGCUGCGGCUGUGUUGCUGUGCUCUGUUUUUCGCCUAGCACAGGGUUUUUUCAUUCCCCCCCGGCGCUUUGUACAGUUUAACCGUUCCCACCGACUCUCGGUGCGUUGCAAACGUUCCCGCCUGUUUUUUUUUUUUUUUUCUCUCUCUCUCUGAAAGUUGUUGAAUGUGUUCCAAGGCCAUUGCACACCCAGUCUGCCUUCCAGUGUGUUUUAUUUUUUAUUCCGUUCUCUGAGGCCCCCCCACCUUCUCCCCGCUCCACCACCUGUCCCCCUGACAUGUACGGAAAACUGCAUACUGAUGGACAGAAUUGUACUUUGGGUUUUCUUUUUCUUUUUUUUUUUUCUUUUCUUUUUUUUUCUUUUUUUUUUUUUGUCAGUGAUUUUUUUUUUCUUUUUGUACUGUGCGUUUUAAAAAAAAAGAUUUAAAUGGAUAAACUUGUCUUGUACAUAUAUAAAAAAAACACAAGUACUGUAGUCCCUGUUUGUUCGAUGGCUUUCUCCUUGUCCUUCUUGAAUCCUUGCAGACUUGUUAGCUUUUUCUUUCAUAUAUUUUUUUUAUUUUGUAAAAAUAUAUAAAUAUUAAGUAAAUAAACAACAAAAAGACAUUUUCAUCAUUUU